AAAGAGAGAAAUAUCAGUAGUUGUGUUGUGUUUUCUUCUCUCCACCAAAUAACAAAAGGUGCGAUGGAUCUUCAAAGAAGCCUCCUCCUCAAUUUCACGUAUUUCCAGCAAGAUAAGAGCAUGGACGAGGCGCGUGAGUCGCUGCUGCUAACAAUGGAGCUUGAAGACACGCGCCUCCAAGCCCAGGAGGAGCUCAAAGCCAGAGACCAACAAAUCUCUCACCUCAAAGAAUUGCUCUCCGCCGCCAUCAGAGACCGCGACGAAGCUCACGACAAAUGCCACAAGCUAAUGCUCCUCCUCCAACGCCAAUCCACCACGCCACAUUCCAGCAUCGAGGACCGCAAUAACAACGCCUCCGACUGCGACGAGAGCAUUGUGUCGUCGCCGCCGCCGGAGCAGGAUCUCGCCGUGCUGAUAGACCACCGCCCGCUGCCGGAGAAGGGCAAGUUCCUGCAGGCGGUCAUGAAAGCGGGGCCGCUGCUGCAGACGCUCCUCCUCGCCGGCCCUCUGCCGCAGUGGCGCCACCCUCCGCCGCCGCUCGACUCCUACCAGAUCCCUCCGCCGCCUCUCUCCGCCCUCAACCACGACGGAAACUGCCGGAAAAGAGGCGCCUCGGAGAUGUCGCAUGACGACGCCCUCAAGUAUCAAAGAAUUGUGCUCCAAUGACAACCCAUAAAAAGGAAAUUUGCCGAUUUCUAAAAUUUUCUUGAAUUAUUACUAGUAUGAUUGAAGAUUCAAGAUUAGGAAGGUGGGAAAUGCAGGUGGAAAUUAGUGAAAUUUUGUACAGUAGUUUGGUUGAGAUCGGUGAAUGGUUAGAGAGUCGUUUUCAGUGACAUGAUUGGUCUCACUCCUUUUCUCCAAAAACUUGUGGAAACCAAUGGGAUGUGGAUUUUUCAUCAUACUAUUGUAACAUGCUUGUUUUAUGUUUAUCAAAAUUAGCUACAAUAUCAAA